AUGUUGACACUGGUCAAUUCCAAUAGCAGGGUAGCGGUAGUAACCGGAACAACAGGACAAGCCAUAUUUGUUCAUCUCGCAUGUGCAAUGAUCGGUUGUACCGCAGUAGCUGUGAACGGAUGCAACCCAGUAGACGAGAUUUGGCAACUCAUCGAUCUUAGCGAGUCAACACAUCUGAUUGUUGAGCAACAAUUUAUGCAGAAAGCAGAUGAUGUAAGGAGAAAGGCAGCAAUGAGAGGAGGAGGUCGAAUUCGACACGUUCGACUGAUUGAUGAUGUUCUCACUACAGAUGCGAUCAGUAGUGAAACGAAGAGGAGGCAUCCUCUAACCAAAGAACAGUCAUCAACAAAAAUUACGUGGGUUUACCAAUCUGAGAAACUCUUACAAGGGGUUUCUCAGAGCGGCAGUACUCCAAGGAUUCCUUCCCCAGACGAAACACAUUCCGAAGUAUUUUCACCAAUUUCCGAUGUAUCUGAAUCGAAAGAAAAUGGUAACGAUGAAAGAUGUGAUAGCCCACCUGAGGUUCCUACUCCUGUUAAUCCUAAUGCUGGGCAGAAUUCAUUGCUAAUUUUUUUCACCAGUGGUACUACAGGUCUACCGAAGGCAGCAGAGUAUUCACAUCGUUCACUCAUCAUCAAUAUUCAACAAAUGAGUCUACCAUUGUAUGGGCCAGUACAACCACGUGAACGAUUUCUUCUUCCCCUAUCAAUUUCACAUAUUUUUGGAGCUGUAUCUGCCUAUUAUGCGCUGGUGAACGGUGCAACCGUCUAUAUGAUGUCAAAAGUUACACCUAAAAUGUUAGCAGAGAAUCUUUCCAGCUUAAAUAUAAACGUCUCACAUAUAACAUCAUCUAUGAUAAUGUGGCUUGCACAGGAUUCAACAUUAGAAAAUAUGCCAACAAAUGCUCUUCGUUCAAUGCUUGUGGCCGGUGCACCGGUUGACUCAAACCUCGCAAAUUGUGCUAAACGAAAAAUGAAUCUUAAAGACUUAAGGCAAACAUACGGAAUGACGGAACUCGGAGGUCUUUGUACACUCUCUCCGUACGAAUGUGACAAGAUUGAAACUGUAGGAACACCUCUUCCAGGAAUGUUGUUUAAGGUAGUUAAUUGGGAAACAAGACAGCUAUGUCCUCCCAGGACACCAGGUCAACUCCUCGUGCUUGGCCCACAAGUGAUUCCAAGCUACUAUAAGAAUCCGAAAGCUACAUCAGAACUACUGGAUCAUAAUGGUUACGUCAAGACAGGCGAUGCAGCGUUUUACGACGAGACUGGAUAUAUCUAUGUUCUAGAUCGAAUCAAGGACAUUAUCAAAUACAAAGGAACAUUAGUAUGUCCAUCAGAGGUUGAGCUAAUGUUACGAGCUCAUCCAGGUAUUGACGAUUGCGCUGUUGUGGGAAGACAAGAUCAUGUAUCCGGUGAAUAUCAGCUGACAAUAGCUGAGAGCCUAUAUAAUCAGCAGGUGCCGGCAGCAUUCGUAGUGAAGAGCGCAACACAUCCAUUGUUGUCGUCGGCAGAAGUUCGGCAGUAUGUAUCCGGUAAAAUAGCAACGUUCAAAGAACUUAGAGGUGGUGUAUUUUUUGUAUCGGAAAUCCCCCGAAGCACUUGCGGAAAAGUUCUUCGUCGACAGCUACGUCAAUUCUGGGAUAGAGAGCGAACGAAUUCAAAGGAUGCAAUUACAAAAGAUGGAAAAGUGCAGAAACCGAAUGAAAAAGUCGAAAAAACGCCAGUGAAACGAGCAAAUGGCUCCGCAACACCAACAAAGAGACAUACUGGAAAGCCAAUGAAAAAGUAA